AUGGGUCGAGUCGCGAUCGCGGUCGCGCUGACGCUGCUGUGCGUCGCGACCCCGACGAUCGCGCCGUGGGAGAACGGCGCGGACGCGGCGUGGAGUCUGCGACUGAACGGCAGCGGAUUCGUCGUCGAAACCCCACAUGCGGAGAGACCGCCGCCGCCGGAGCAGCCGACGCUGCACCCGCGGACCGUGGGCGAGAACGCGCCGCGGUCGUGGGACGAUCGCGGCGGCGUUGUGGUCAAGCCGGGGAGUUGGUACGCGUGGGAGCACGUCGGCGUCGUCCCGGAGCGCGCGCGUCUGGACGAGCACCCGGGGAACGGGACGGCGACGCGUCGGGUGAAAAGGGCGCCGCCGACGUCGGGAUGGAACGACGCGCUCGCGGCGAGCGCCGCGAAACGGAAGAGAGCGUCGGAGCCCGGGCUGUCUGUGCUCUUCCAGCAGUACGGCGGCGUCGACGAGGCGCUGCGGACGCUCAGGGCGAAGGCGAAAGCGUUCGACGACGAGCGCGACGAAUCGGACGACGAAGAGAAAUCGAAGACGUGGGACCUCAUGGGGAACGCGUACCGGGUCAAGGGCGAAAGCGACGUCGCGUUCGAUUGCUUCGAGCGCGCGUUAGAGUUAAAACCCAACGCGAACUCGUAUUUACACUACGGCGGCGCGCUGAGGGCGGCGGGGGAUCUCGAGGAGAGCGUGCGUCUGUUCGGGUUGGGCCUGGAGCUCGCCCCUCGGCACACGUUGUUGCGGUAUAACCUAGGGAUCGUCUACGCGGAGACGGGACGAUUGAAGGAGGCGAGCACGAGCUUGAAAGCAGCGCUGUCGAUAUCCCCAACGUUCAAACCCGCGAGAGAGCUCCUGCGCUCGGUCAGGAAUAAGAUGCGGAGCAAGUGGUUGCCUCAAGACGCGAGACGGAUCAUUCACGUCGUCUCCGGAUUCGUCCUGUUGGUCAUGGCCGUGCACAAGGUCAUAAGCAAGUUCCACACCCUCGGCGUCAUCGGGGGCACGGAGGGGGGGAACGGCGGCAGGGGAACGGGCGCGCACGGGUUGCCGCGCGUGCGGACGAAGCGGAACAACAACAAGAAAUCGUCGCCGCGCGGCGUCGCGUCGCCGAGGAGUCCGCACUCCGUCGCGAGCUCGCAAGGGACGUCGCCUCGGGGGGGGCAGGGCACGUCGCCUCGCGGUAGGUGGUAG